AUGACUGCCGAGAGCGCUGAAACCAACGGACCCAUGCGGGAGCCGGAGGGGGGAACGACUAAGCCACCGGUGCCCCCCGCUCCGCCACGGCGCCGGGGACGCAGGCUGCGGCGCAAGUCACCGCCGGAGGUCCCGGUGAAAGGGCAGCUCCGCAUGCGCUCGCCGUCGGGAGCCUUCGUCAUGGUGGGCAUCUCAGUGGUCCUGGUGGGCAUGACCAUUGCCGUGGUGGGCUACUGGCCCCAUCGGGGACCCGGGGGCACUGGGGCUGGUGCCAGGAAUGCCAGCAUUGCAGGGGACAUGAGGAGGGAGGUGGCUGCCGGGCGCCACGUGCCCCACAGCGAGAAGCUCAAGCUGAUCGGCCCCGUCAUCAUGGGCAUCGGGCUCUUCAUCUUCAUCUGUGCCAACACCAUGCUGUACGAGAACAGGGACAUGGAGACCCGCAGGCUGAUGCAGAAGGGGCUCUACUCCAUGGCGGCGGGUCUCCCCGAGGGGACCGGCCCCGAGGACGGGCGCUGCCAGCGCGGGGACGGCCAGCCCAUCCCCAAGGCCAACGCUGAGUGCGUGGAGGGCUGCUACCAGGUGGAUCUCUCCUGCCAGCCCUGCCCCGGCCCCUGCAGCAAGUGGUCCGACUGCUACGGCCCCAACAGGCUCCAGACCACAGCCGAGUUCCUCCAACACCCGGCAGCAUCUCCCGCCGCCUCCCUCCUCAGCCUCCGCUCCGGCGCCUCCGCUGAGGCCAACCUCAGCCUCUCCGGCCGCACCGGAGCAGAGUCCCUCCUCUCCUCGGCCGUCGGCGCCUUGGCGUUGCCCGUCAUCAAGCUCAACAACCGCUUGCUGGACGCGGCGGCGCGGGGGGCCAGCGAGAGAGCCGAGGCGGGACAUGCCGAGCCCCCCUCCGAAGCACCACGGCUCUCCCGGGCUCCGCUCUCUGGCAGCAUCGCAUCCCGCAGCCAGGACCGUGGUGGUGGUGGUGGUAGUGGUGGUGGUGGCCACAUCGUCAUCAACAUGGAUGGCGGCUGCCCCGGCACAGAACCGGCAGUGGCAGAGCUCAGCCCCGACGCGCAGCUCCAUGCGCCGGGACACUCCAAGUCCCUGGACCUCGGCCAGCCGGGGAUGCUGCUGGUGGCCCCCAUCAAGGACCGUAAGAACCGGAGCUGGCCCCGGCUGGACCACGUCAGCCUGGUGGGUUAUGCCAAACUGGAAAGUACUGGCGAGUCCUCGGACCGGCUGCUGGAGCCCAGUGAGCCCCCGAGCCGGGGCGAGCUCCGACCCAGCUCCUGGGUGGUGGGGAUGGAGCGAGGCGUGCGGGUCUGA